AUGGAGCCAAUAAAUAGUUAUAAUAAUAGUUUUGAUAAAAAUAUUGGUUUAUCAGAUUUUUGUUUUUUAGAUAAAAUCGAAGAAAUUGAUAUUUUAAGUAAUUUAUCAACAAGAUUCAAUAGAGAUAUUAUAUAUACAUAUAUUGGUGAUCAAGUUGUCAGUAUAAAUCCAUUUUCAAAAAAACCAAAUUUAUAUGAUGAAAAGUUAUUAAAAUCAUAUCAAAAUAUGUACAUGUACGAAGUUUCACCUCAUAUUUAUGCUUUGGCUGAGGAUACCUAUAAAAAGUUGGUUUUAUCAAAAGAAAAUCAAUGUGUAAUUAUAACUGGUGAAAGUGGUGCUGGUAAAACUGAAUCAUCAAAAAUUUUUUUAAAUUAUUUAAAAAAUAUCUCAAAUGAUAAAUUUAAUAAAACUGAAAAUAUUAUUAAAUUGGUUUUAGAGUCAAACAAUAUAUUAGAGUCAUUUGGUAAUGCUAAAACAUUGCGUAAUGAUAAUUCAAGUAGAUUCGGUAAAUUUAUAGAAAUAGAAUUUGAUGGAAAGGGUUCUCCAAUCUCUGGUAAAAUUUCACAAUUUUUAUUAGAAAAAUCAAGAGUUCAUAGUCGAGCCAUAGGUGAAAGAAGUUUUCACAUUUUUUAUCAAUUUUUAACAUCAAGAGAAUUGACCGAUAGACAUCAAAUACCAAGCGAUCCAUCAUAUUACAAAUAUUUAAAAGAUUCAAUGUGUUACUCUGUUUCAACAGUCAACGAUACUAAAGAUUUCCAAAGCCUCAUAGGGUCAUUAAAGUUAUUAGGCUGGAGCGAAGAAGAUAUGAAUUCAAUUUGGAGAGUACUAGGUGCAAUUCUUUUAAUUGGUAAUAUCGAAUUUAGUAAUGAUGUUGAAAAGAAUAAUGUUGAUGCUGUCUAUGUCUCUACACCCGAUACUUUAAAGAAAGUUGCUCAAUUACUUCAAUGCAAAACUGACCUAUUGGAAAAAUCAUUAAUUUCAAGAUCAUUAACAUUGGGUGCCGGUAAAAGACAAAGUAGUAUAAGGGUUUUAUUAAAUCAAUCACAAGCUAGAGAGACCAGAGACGCCUUUGCCAAAGUAUUAUACGAUAGAUUGUUUUCCUCUAUUAUCGAAAGAAUCAAUGUUACAAUUGCAAAUGGAAUUGAUCACAAGUGUAUUGAAAUGUCAAUUGGUAUAUUAGAUAUUUAUGGUUUUGAAAUCUUUGAAAAUAAUUCUUUCGAACAAUUUAUUAUCAACUAUUCCAAUGAAAAACUUCAACAACUAUUCAUCAAUUUAGUAUUACGUCAAGAACAAGAAGAGUAUUUAAAAGAAGGUAUCGAAUGGAAAACUAUAGAUAAUUAUUUUGACAAUACUCCAAUCAUCGAUUUAAUUGAGGGUCAACCAGUUGGUUUAAUUAAACUAUUAGAGGAGGCUUGCUUAAUUGGUCAAAGUACACCAGAGUUAUUAUUACAAAAAUUCAAUCAAUUCUUUUCAAAAAAUAAUUAUUUUGAAUCAUUCGAAUCAACAAAUAAUUUCCAAAUUGAAUCAAAAUCAUUCACUUUAAAACAUUAUGCAGGUGAUGUAAAUUAUAAUUUAGAGCCAAUUACAUAUAUCCGUUGUAUAAAGUCAAAUAAUGAAAAGAGAGCCAAUUAUUUUGAUUUCGAAUGUGUAAAACAUCAAAUUAAAUAUUUAAAUAUUCAAGAAACAAUUCGUGUUAGAAAAGCAGGUUAUUGUCAUAAACAACAUUACACUAGAUUUUUAAAUCGUUAUAAAAUGUUAAGCAAUGAAACAUGGCCAUUCUGGAAUGGUACUCCAAAAGAAGGUGUUAUGGCAAUUGUCAAAGCAAGUCAAGUUCAAAAUUCACUUAUGGAGUGUCAAUUUGGUAAAAAGAAAUUAUUUAUUAAAUCUGCAUCAACAUUGUUCCACUUUGAAGAGCUUCGUACAAAGAUUUUACCAAAGGUUGUCAUUGAGAUUCAAAGAGUUUGGAGGGGUUAUAUGGCUAGAAAGUGGUACAAGAGAGAAUUGGAUCGUUUGAAAUUAGAAAAAGAAGAAAUGCAAAAACAACUAAAGAGAAAACAAUCUGCACAAUUAAUUCAAAAGUUUUAUUUAAAUUAUAAAGUAAGAACCUAUGUAAAGAAAUUAAAACCAUGGUGUGUAGGUCCAUACUAUAACAAGGGCCACAUUAUGCCAACAUUAUGGUUACGUAAAACUCUAAUCGACUCGAUAAUGCAAACGAUCCACAUUGCUUGGUGGGCCAAAGUUAAGGUUACAUCACUUAACAUGGAACAACGUGCCUUGGUUCGUCAAAAGAUUUUAGCAUUGGAUUUGUUUGGUAUGGGUUAUUCUAGAAAGAAGGAAUGGGAUUGUCGUAGAAAAUUUACAGCCGAUUAUCUUUCAGAUGAUAGCAAUCCAAAGAAACAACAAUUCACAGAAGCUGUCCAAUUACUUUUCCAAAAAGGUGGUGAUAAAGAAAUUUUAUUUGCCGAUAAUGUAAUUAAAAUUAAUAAGCGUGGUAAAAGUCAAUUACGUUCAAUCAUUAUUACUGACCAACACAUUUACAAGUAUGAUCCAAAGAAAUACACUCAAAAGAAAGUAGGUUUAAAACUCCACUCUAUCGUAGCACUCUCAACAUCAAAUAAAAAAGAUACAUUCUUAGCAAUUCAUUUCAAACAGCCAAUCCGUGAUUUAUUCAUUGACUUGGGUUGUGAUUUUGUAGAAAAAGUAUCCGAAGUAUCAACCAAUUUAAUUCAACAAGUAUUUAAAUUAACUGGAACCACUAUUCCCUUAUUAUUCCGUGAUCCUUUGACCUUCAACAACAGCAGAGACUCUCGUAAUCAUGGUACUGAUUUCGUAGUAUCAUUCUCACAAUAUCCAAAAGGCAAAGAACAAAGACAAUGUACAUUUAUAAAAGGAAAAGGUAAUACUGCAAUAAUUCAUUAUAAUUUAAAUGAUUAA